UUUCUCGAAAAUACCCAAGAACACUUGCGUAUUAAACGCGCAUUCACCUACUACUACAACGAUACCAACGUCAAUCUUCUGUAUCCUACACAAGGCCUAGACCGCCACUCUCUCAACCACACACCAUGCCUCCGAUCAGCCAGUUCCCCCCCGCCCGCGUCUUCCUCAAGACCGCAACCUCAUCCGCACCCACACCCUCUCCCAUCUCAAUCACAACCGGCAUCAACACAACCGCCCGCAAGUCGUCUCUGACUUCGCCCAUCAGCCCGCGCUACACCAUCUCCAUGUCGCCCCAACAACAAUCCAUGUCGCAAAUGUUCUCCUCCCAAAGACAAGUAAUGCCGAGACCGGGCGACGCCAUCCGGAGAGUCACAAACUGAAGAAAUUCCUUUCUUCUUCAUCUGCUUUUGUUUUAUUUUUCUCUUGUACUUGAAGCGAGAAACACUUUCGUGACAGAUCCACCCCCUCCUUUCUCUCGCGGCGCGGACGCUGGUCGUUUUGUG